UCUGUCGAUUUUGCACAAAUUUUCACCCUCGGUCGCGGUUGUUGGGUUACACGGUCUCGCUGCGAAUCAAGUAGAACCAAGUGUUUCCAUUUAUAAAUAUCGUUCUCGUCGCGAUACGUCGCGGUAGCGUAAUGUUCCGGUUUGGUUUGAGUGCAGUAAUCUUGCUGGGAUCGAUUCUGGGACCGGCGCUGGGUCACUACAGUGGCCCGUUCCUGUUCUGGGGAGUAAGCGAUUUGAAGGACGUCGAAGUGUCCGCACUGGAGGCGCUCGACGAUAAGUUUCUUCGGGACUUGUACUCGAAUGCGGCCGCGGUGGUGGUUUUUCUGAGAAAUGGAACGGCAAAGCUGAACGACGAUAACUUCCCCAGCUUCCGGAGAGUGCUCGAGAAGCACGAGUAUGUGUACAGUGCCCAGGAGGAGCUAAGCUCCAACCCAUUGGAUUAUAAUGUCAAUGCUGAGAUAAUCAACUUGGUUGGCUCUCCGGCGCAGCAAGAUGUGGAACUGGCCGCUCUCUACCGCGAUUCGACCGGCAACUAUGGCGAGCGCAAGGUGCUCGGAAUAUUGGCCAGCCGGUGGGACGAACCGCACCACAAACUGUACAAACGCGAAGCCAAGCCUGAUUCGGCGGGCACCAGCACUACCCCGGCCGGGCCCACCGACGAGCCGGAAAUGGACGAUGCCAUCUACAACGUGGCCGGCAAGGCAAUCAUCUACAUCACUUCGGCGCCGGUGCUAACGAUCAACAGCACCGACGAGGAGUAUCUGCUCGACAAACAUACGGUGGCGACGUACGAUUCGCGUGAGAGCGAGAGCAAGCUGAUCGUCACGUUCAAGGUGGAGGAUAACAUCAAGCUAACGCUCAAAUUCCGAUUCGAAAUGGAUGCGGGGUAUUGGAACAUGCCUAAGGUGGAUGUCUUCCUAAUUGAUACCAAGAGCAAGGAUGCCAGCAAAACCACUGAUGUUACUCUGGAAAUCUCCGAAGGGGAUGCCCCAUACGCUCCGAUGGGAUUUUCCUACUCUUGCUCAAAACAGUUGGUGUACCGCAAUGGAUCCACUGUACUAACGCUGGAAAACAUUCAGGUCCAACCGGCGCUGGAAGGCAGCACCAAGUUUGGCAGCGCCUGGGACUGCAUCGGAUUCACCACGGUCCCAAUCUGGUCCGGUUUGUUCGUGACAUCGUUCAUGGCCAUCGGGUUGGCACUGGCCAUCUGCGCCAUACUGGACAUCAAGCCCCCGAACCGGUUCGAAUCCCGCACCGGCAAGCAGCUCACGUUUACCGUGCAAGAGUAAGCUCCCUCCGGCGUCCGGUCAUAGUUACAAGAAAUCCAACAAGCACUUAUGACCCGCAUGAACAACCUUUUGCACUCAUCCAAUGCGAAGAAAAUAUAGUAGUCGAUAGUCAUUAGAGCCGAGAGUUGAUCACCUGGACGAACUAGGAGAGAGAUUACAUGUGCGACUCUGGACCUCGAUCCGACGACACACCAACUUGAAAAUACUGCUACCAAUCGCUGCGUGAAGAGAUUAAUAAAUAGAAAACAAACCCCUCUUUAGUUGUGCCACCAUCGUUGGGAUUGAUUAACCGGGGAAACUAUCUUACGCUUUUCCAGUUAGUCAAUGCAAAUAGCUAUGCAAAGUGCGUUACGUGCUAAUCUAAGUUCAUUAGAGUGGAACAGGUUGUUGAUUUCGUAUUUUUAAACAAUUUACAUUUUAUCUUGUUCAAUGUAUUAUAUAUUUGACGUAAAUCGACCGUAUCUCAGCAAUGUUUAAGAAGUACCAUCAUUGUCACAAUAGAAAUAAAUGAAAUUAUGAAGCGUAAGCAUCUUUCCGAACAUUCGGGAAAAUCUAAGGAAAUUUUGACGUUAUUGAGUUGAUUGUCUAAACGUCUCCGAAAUCAAUUGGUUUGGAAGUCUAUGAUCAACUGAAGAAGCAUGUAAUCUCUUCUUCAAUAUUUCACCACAACCUAUAAAGCACAAUUUUUUUCUUCGAGUUGAAUAACGAAAUAAGUUUUUGUUUAGUUCCACUAAUUCCGAGAUAUUUUUAGCAAUUCAAAAUUAUAAUUCAAAGCCUGGGAAUGAUUAAGAAUAUCUUCCUGGAUACCUGGACGAUGCUAAGGAGGCCAAUUUUCCCAUUGGCAUAAUAAUCUGUAGGUAGUAGUCGUCCGAAAUCUAGGAAUUCUUCGAAAUCCUUGAGUUCACGAAUAAUCCGUUUAAAAAAUUUCUAAUAGACAAAAUAAAUGUUGAAAGCUGUUUGGCUGUGCAACUUUAAGUAAAGUAAAUCUUUCUAAUUUAAACUAUUCCCAACAUGUUUUCCUGUUCCACCCUAGUCACUUAUUCAUUUGACAUCGCUCGGAUGCACCGCACGGGGGUAAUCGUUUGCCGAAUGACAGUAUUUUAUAUCUUGAUUUUGCACACCACUUGUACUUGUGCUUACGGGAAAAACUAAAUGUGCGAAGCUCAUUUGCAUCAAGCCUGCGGUACUCUAAUGACGGACCGCGCCGCUGGUUUGCAGUAUGUUGAACAUACCGACCGGUCACUACCGCUGCUGGAUGGUGAAACUUAAUCGAUACUAAAGUUCAACGGUUUAUUAGUACUAUUCCAUGUCCCGUUUGGUGGUUGGAAACACUGGCGCGCGAUGAGCUCAGUGAACUUGAGCGAUUAGAAAACCAUAAGAAAACAGGCAACUUCGGUUGACUGGAAUGUGACCCCUGUCGUCGGCUGUCAUUGUAUUGUGAAUUCACCUUUCGUGAUAAACGAGUAUAACGAAUGUGAAAGUGUGAAAUUUUUGUCCCAACAUCCUCUAGGUGUAAAAUGCAGGAUCAUAUUGUAUUGACAUCAUACUAUA